AUGAAGUUCUUCGUGCUGUGCCACGGGCUCCUGCAGCUCUCCCAGCUCCUGGUCUCUGGCUACCUGAAAAGCUCCAUCUCCACCAUCGAGAGACGCUACGGCCUGUCCAGCCAGACCUCAGGGCUGCUGGCCUCCUUCAACGAGGUGGGGAACACGUUGCUCAUCGUCUUCGUCAGCUACUUCGGGAGCAGAGUGCACAGGCCGCGGCUCAUCGGCUGCGGGGCCAUCCUGGUGUCCCUGGCCGGGUUCCUCAUGGCUCUGCCCCACUUCAUUACUGGACCCUAUGAGUAUGACCAGUCUGUUGCCAGCGUGUUCAGCAACACCACAGACCUGUGCCAGCCCGAGGUGCCCGGGUCCCAGGGGAACCUCAGCCAAGGCAGCUGCACCCCCCGAGCUGCCCAGGAGAACCACGAGGUGCUCCUGGUGAUGUUCCUGGCCCAGGCCCUGCUGGGCAUUGGGGGUGUCCCCAUCCAGCCCUUUGGCAUCUCCUACAUCGAUGACUUUGCCAGCGAGAGGAACUCCCCCCUCUAUUUGGGGAUCCUGUUCUCCGUGACUGUCAUCGGGCCAGGGGUGGCCUUCCUGCUGGGCUCUGCCAUGCUGAGGUUUUAUGUUGACAUGGACAAAGUCUCCAGAGACAAGGUCCAGCUGAGCCCGAGGGACCCGCGCUGGGUGGGCGCCUGGUGGUUGGGCUUCCUGGUGGCAGCCACCCUGGUGGCCCUGGCUGCUCUGCCCUACUUCUUCUUCCCAAGGGAAAUGCCAAAGGAGGUGGGUCUCUUUGGAAAUGGUCCUGCUCCUGCUGCUGCACCUCCGUGGCAGCUGCUGGGAGAUGCAGCAGGGGUGGCCCUUGUUUCCCAGCAGGAGGAACCACCCCUGCCCAAUGGUGAAAUCCCAGUUGACUUCCCUCUGGUCCUGCUGAGGAACCUGCGUCACCCCGUGUACCUGCUGGUGGUGCUGGCUCAGGUCAACCUCUCUGCCAUGGUUGCUGGUUUAGCAACGUUCAUGGGCAAGUUCCUGGAGAGACAAUUCUCCCUCACGGCGUCCUUGGCCAACAUGAUCAUUGGUGCUGUGAACAUCCCCGGGGCCAUGGUGGGGAUCGUGGUGGGUGGUGCCAUCAUGAAGAGGUUCCAGAUGUCCUUGAGGCAGUGCAGUGCCAUGUGUGUCCUGGGCAUGUUCCUCUGCCUGCUCCUGGCUUUCCCCCUCCUCUUCCUGGGCUGCCCCACGCAGAAGGUCGCAGGCAUCACCUACACUCAGAGCUCUGAGCUUGGACACCAGGCCUGGGGGUGUAACCUGCAGUGUAACUGCCCUGAGAAAGCCUACAACCCCAUCUGUGGCUCUGAUGCCAUUGAGUACAUCUCACCCUGCUCUGCUGGCUGCAGAGCUGUGAACAUCAACGUGGACAACAACUCAGUCCUGGUGAAACUACACCAAGUGCAGCUGCAUCUGGGAGGACGGGCUGGAGGGUUCGGCCAAACCCGGGAGCUGCGGCACCGGCUGCUCUUCCUGCCCUUCGUGGUCCUCUCCUGCCUGGCAGGGAUCCUGGCCAGCACGUCCCACACACCCUCCUUCAUGCUCAUCCUCAGGAGCAUCCAGCCUGAGGACAAAUCAUUUGCUGUUGGGAUUCAGUUCAUGCUGCUGAGAGUUCUAGCCUGGAUGCCAGGACCUGUUCUGUACGGCAGCGCCAUCGACACCACCUGCAUCCUCUGGGAGAAGAAGUGUGCCAGGAAGGCAGCCUGCAGAUACUAUGACAACAACCUCUUCAGGCAAAGGUAUCUUGGUCUCCAGUUUUUCUUUGAGGUUGGAGCUUUCCUGUGCUUCGUGGCUGUGUAUGGGAUCCUCAGGAGGCAGGAGAGGGAGGCCAGGAACCCAGCAGAGACAAAGGGAGACCCAGAGAAGGAGAAACUGGCAGGGAACUCCAUCCAGAGCCCAGAAUCCAAAGUGUGA